AUACUGAUUAUAAUAAUGUGAAAUUUAAAAAUAGUGAAAAAUGAAAAUGACAUAUUUUUCAUAGUAAUUAGUGACUUCCAAAAAAAAAAAACAGUUCGUGCCUGUGGACUUUACUUAAGCUAUAGCAUGACUUAUGUAUAUUAGUUUUAUUAUAAGUUAUGACUUAUAAGUAUAAUUAUUGUAUUGGAUAACGUCAUAAUUACUAGUAGGGGACACAAGAUUGUUUAUCCACGGUGCUACAGCAGUCCUUAAAAACCAAGUACCUAUGUAUACAACAAAAACUAUGUUUUCAGAAUGUAUAAAAAGUCACUGCUUUUUGAAGAAUUUCAACAUUUUUAAAAGUAAAUUUCAGAUUAAAUCCGAAAAUAAAACAUACUCUACAGUACAAUAUGUACAAGGACAAUCGCCAGAGAACAAAAUAAGAGAAUAUUUCUAUUAUAUAGAUCACCAAGGAAUGCUUUUUCUGGAUGAUAGCAAAAUGAAAAAUUUCACAUCAGCUUAUAAAGAAAUAGAUUUUUUGGUUUUUUUUUUCAAACGAUUAAAAUUAAACACAACUGAUCGAUAUAAAGAACACUUCCCAUGGAUAUCAUUAUGUGGUAGAGAACGGAAUUUUGUUAGAUGUGAUGACCAUCCAAUUGUGUUCAAUCAGGUAAUCAAAGGUAAUGAUGGCAAUAUGUUAUUUUGUCAUAACCAUGCUGGUCCAAAGUUGACAGUUUUAUUUCAACCCGAUAAGCUUUGGAUGGAUGUUGAAAAUGGUAGAGUGUACCAUCCAGCCAAUGAGCAACACGGCUCAAUAGGACUUGUAUCAUCUAGAACAGCUGUUGAAUUUAGUAAAAUGUUCAUAUACAAUGAUACGAACAAUUAUGUGCCCACACAUUUUUUGUGGAAUGAUAAAAAGUAUGUUUUAGACCCUGAUUGGUUCAAGCACUUGAUCCGCAAAUAAGCAAAAUUCAAGUUUUUAUGUGAAUAGUGUUAAUCUAAAAUAAAAUAUUUGUCAAAAACCAAUAUGUUAUAAUUAUAUUGAAGUUGAUCUGAGCA